AUGGUGGCCUGGAGGAGAUGGUGGAGGAGCUCAACAGUGGGAAGGUGAUGUAUGCCUUCUGCAGGGUGAAGGAUCCCAACUCCGGCCUGCCCAAAUACGUCCUCAUCAACUGGACUGGUGAAGGUGUGAAUGACGUGAGGAAAGGAGCCUGCGCCAACCACCUCAGCACUGUAGCCAACUUCCUAAAGGGGGCUCAUGUCACCAUCAAUGCUCGUGCGGAGGAGGACGUGGAGCCUGAACUCAUCAUGGAGAAGGUGGCCAAGGCCUCAGGGGCCAACUACAGCUUCCACAAGGAGAACAGCAAGUUCCAGGACUUGGGCCCUCAAGCUCCUGUGGGCUCUGUCUACCAGAAGACAAACGCAAUGUCCGAAAUCAAGAGGGUCAAUAAAGAUAAUUUCUGGGCCAAAGCUGAGAAGGAUGAAGAGAACCGGCGGCUGGAGGAGAAGAGGAGGGCGGAGGAGGAGCGGCAGCGGCUGGAGCGGGAGCGGCGGGAGCGGGAGCUGCAGGAGGCGGCGGGGAGGGAGCAGAGAUACAAAGCGAGAUCCAAUGAAAUCGAAGCCCAGAAGAGGCUCCAGCAGCAGCAGGAGGCAGAGAGCAGGGACAAGGAGCAGCAGCAAUGGAAGGAGCGAGCUGAGGAGUACGAGGCCAGGCGGCAGAAGGGCGUCACGAGGAGCGAGUCGGUGGAGAAAGCCCAGGAGGCUGCCUCACUGAUAGCACAGAGAGAGGUGAACCCCCGGGACAUCUUCAAGCAGAGGGAGAAGUCGGUGCCAGUGGACACAGCGGUGGCUUCGCAGCCAGGGAAGCUUCGCAGCCCUUUCCUGCAGAAGGAGGUGGAGUCGGUGCCCAGCCCUGCUUGCCCCGUGUCCCCUGCCCGAGGACGAGACUCUGGGUACAAUUCCAGUGUCCCGGCUUCCCACGAGGAAGAGGCAAAUCUGUAUGAGGAGCCACCAGACUCCUCGGCCAUCUAUGAAGAGCCCCCUCAGGAACAUGUGGAUGGUGCCAAAUACGAGUACCCGGUGGAGUACCAGCAGCCGGACCUGACGGGGAAGGGGAUCUGUGCCCGGGCGCUCUACGACUACCAGGCUGCUGAUGACACUGAGAUCUCCUUUGAUCCGGAGAACAUCAUCACCAACAUCGAGAUGAUCGAUGAGGGCUGGUGGCGUGGGUACGGUCCCGACGGCCACUUCGGCAUGUUCCCAGCCAACUACGUGGAGCUGAUCGAGUGA